AUGGACACGGCCUCCACACCUCUGGCCGACUACUUCUGGAUCGCCGGCGUGGACUCGAUCACGUACAACGACCCCCCACCCCCACCCUCGCAGCAGCUCGACGACACGAUUGACGAAGAUGGCGAGCCCGAUGCGGUGGCCGACAUGUCACGGCCCCAGCGGUCGACCACGGUGAUACGACACGCCCGGCAGAGCUCGACCAGCCGGCUCUCGAAGCUAUCUCUCGACGGGCGGCUCUCGCUCACGCUCGAGGACAUGGAGGGCAACACGCAGAGCAACCGGAGCAGCAUGACGAUCAAGGCCGGCCAGGUGAUCCUGCCAUCGGGGCUCGGCGGCGACGACGGCAAGCCGGGACCGCUGGCAGACGUGGCGGCCAGCUCGAUCAACGCAAAGACAGCCGGCGGGCUGCAGCUCGACUUUGACUUUGACCAGCUGCUGAUCAAGUUUGCGGCCGAGCGCGAGAACUUUCUCGAGGACCUGAGCUUCAGUGCCGGGGCCAAGGUGCACGGACGGCCGCCGAUGGUAACACCGCCGAUGCCGAUUAGCAGUCAGACCAGUCUGGGCAGCAUGGGCAGCAUGGGCAGCAUGGGCAGCAUGGGUAGUAUGGGCAGUAUGGGCAGUCUGGGCAGCCAUGGGGGCCCUACGGUGGCCAGUACGCGGACAGAGAAGCUGCGGUUGGACGAGGGCCCAUCGGCCGAGGCAGCAGCCACGCGACUGAGCCCGCUGCGCAGCAUCAAGGGCAGCAUCCGGCGCAAGCUGAGCUUCCGGGACAUGAACAGCAACGUGCGCAAGUCACACACGCCGGUGGGCCGGGCAGCAUCGACACGGACGAGCCGGCGGGUGAGCAGCUACAACUCGGUGAUCCCGCCACCGGAACCGCUGAACACAGACCCGGACAUGCACCCGCUGAAGCGGAGGUUCGAGCCGGUGCUGCUGGAUCGGUAUCCGCCACGGACGGCGACGGAAGAGGUGGCGCGGCGCGGACGGUUCCCCGACUACGUACCGAUGUUUGCAUUCCCCAACGACAUCCAGAUCGUGUCGUCGGACGAGCGGCCACGGUCGACCUGGCACGGUUUCACGAUGACAUCGGACAACGGGUCGCGGGUGUACGGGAUCUCGGUGACGAUCUGGACGGCACUGCAGGCGGGCAUCGCAGAGGAGGUGGAAAAGCGGUGCGAGCAGUGGCGCCAGGGCCACAUGUCGGAUGAAGAGCGCGAGCUGGCAGCAAGCCUGGGAAUGCGGCUGGCAGGCGAGCGAGCACACCUGUCGCAGCUACUGGCGCGGCUACCGGGCGUGGCAUCAGGGUCGGAGGAGCGCGAGGCGCUGGACGAGCAGAUCAGCACGGUGGAAGAAAAGAUUGCGCUGAUGGCCGAGAUGCUGCGACCGCUGAGACACGGCGCAGCGUCGCGCAUCGACGGGCUGACAUCGAGCGAGACAGGCCUGUGGGCACCAAGGGCCUACGGCAUCCUCGGACGCGACGCGACCCGCAUGACCUUCUGGAAGGAGUGGCUGCGGGCGGUGGUGGUGCCGAUGGCCGACGGAGCAGUGCUGCGCGUGCCGCCGAGCUCGCCCAAGAUUGGACGAUGGCAGCCGCUGGAGCGUUAUGUGGUCAACCUCUGCACCGAGGCGUUUGGACCGCUGAGCUCCAAGACACAGGUGGAGCUGAGCGUGCGUGAGCUGCGACUGUACGCGCGCAAGGAGGCGACAAACGAGCUGCCGGGCUCGCGCAACAUCGACAUCUACGCGCUCUUCCGCUGCCUCUCGCUAGACAACGUGGUGUUGCUGCUGGAACACGCGCUGGCCGAGUCACGCAUCGUCUUUCUGUCGUCACACGCCGCCAUGCUGCACCUGGCCUGCCACGCGCUGGCGAACCUGCUGUAUCCGCUGCAGUGGGAGAGCAUCUUCAUCCCGAUCCUGCCGGCACGGCUGUUGUCGGUGCUGGAGGCUCCGUGUCCCUACAUUGUGGGUGUGGAGCGGCGCUUUGAGCGGAUCGAGCUGCCCGACGACGACUUUGUGCUGGUGGACCUGGAUCGCGACACCGUCGAGGCGCCUGGGGCUGCCGUGCCGCAGCUGCCGCGUCAGCAUCGCCGCAAGCUGCUCUCGCUGCUGCAGGUGGCCGCACCCCAUCGGCUGCGUUUCGGCGUGCCGGCUGGGCCGCCGCCCUACGCCAUCGAGGCCUUUCCCUACGACGCCUUCUCGGCCGAGAACGAGUCGCUCUUCAACCAGGUGGCGCCGGCCGCGACUCUGGGCAAAUGGGUCAGCCAGAGCUCGGCCACCUUUGGCGAUCCCGAUCCACCGGCCGCCCGACGCGUGCCCAUCUUCAACGCCUUUGUCCAGCUGCGCAACGAGCACGCCCGGGCUGAGCGGCCGCCGACUGCGCUCUCUGGCCGCACCAACAGCCCGCCCCAGUCGCUCUCGCCCGUGUCGACCAGCUUUCCGCCCAUGCCUGUCGCUCCGCUGACGCCUGUCUCGCGCAGCGACUCGGGCUUUGCCGUUGGCGCCACGCUGCGUGAGAAGCGGUCCGGCCACUUUGACGACCGGUCGCGACGCAGCUCGUCCUUUGGCGUCGACCGCCAUCCACCGAUGCACCGGCCCAGCCUGCAGCACCUCAACGGCCACGCCUACAGCCAGAGCCAGAGCCAGGGACAGGGACAAGGCCAGUGCCAGGGUCAAGGUCAAGGUCAAUACCAAAACCAGGGCCAACCCCAAAACGGCCAUGGCCCCAGCCUCUCCAUCUCGGCCGUCUCCAUCGACUCGCGGUCGUCCUACGGCGGCAACGGCGGCUAUGCUCCGUCCACGUACGCACAGUCGACCUUGGCCGCCUCGACGGUCAUGCCCAACAUGAUGGUGCAGCCGGUCAGCAACACGGACACGACCAUGUGGGUGGAGGGCCACUGCUUCCACUGGACGCCCGCUGAGGCUGCCGGCAAUUGUGCCAUCUGCGACGAGCGAUCCGACGGCGAUGGGCUCUACUGUUGCAACGGCUGCAACUGUCUGUCCCACGCGCGCUGUCUGGGUCACGUGUCACUGAUCUGUCCGACCGCUUUCCACGCCGACCGUGUGCGCGCCGCCUUUGUGCGCUGCAUGGCCAGCCUGCUGUACACGUACCGCAAGUACCUGGGCCGGCCGUCCAAGGAGCAGCGGACCAAUGGCCAGCUCUUUUCCUUUGACGCCAACGGCUUCACCAAGAGCCUGCCGUACGACCAGCAGGAGUAUGCGAUGAUGCUGCGGAACACACAGGCCUUCAACCAGUUCAUUCAUGAGCGUGAGACCCACUCGUCCACGCACCCCGACAUCCGCCUCUUUGACGAGAUCAUCCUGGCCAAGAAGUCUCGCGGACGACCCGGCUUGGGCGGCGGCCUGUCGCGACUGUCGACCAUCAAGGCCUCACACGGCGUCUCGUCCGGCGGCAGUGGCAGUGGCAGCAGUUUUGGCAGCAGCAGCGCCCGCAUCCCGCCACACCUAGCCGACACGUCCGAUCACAUCUGGCGCACGGCUUCCGUGCCCGUGCCCAGCUCCAAGUUCCCGGGCGAGUACCGCGCCGUCACCACGCGCGUGCCGUCCAAGCUGGACCCGUCGCUGAUGAAGGAGCCACGCACGAUCCAGGGCGUUCCGCGGCCUGACCAUCGCGGCUCGCGCAAUCUCGUGCGCAAGCAGGUCGCUAACAUGUUGGCCAUGGGGCCGGACAAGUUGAGCAUUUGA